AUGAAGUGUUUGGCGUUGGUCAUCCUCUUCGUCCGCACCAAACUGUCCGAAUUCAGUUCAGAAUCGUGCGAGAUUUAUGAAGGCAUAUGCGCCACAUGUCAGUGUCUUUUCUUUCUAAAACAACUCUAUCAGCAAUUCAUUGACGUUGGAAGAAUGAAAGAGGCGGGUGUAGCGCAGUCGAAAAGAGUUUGGGGUAUAGACCACGAGUACAAGCAUGAUCACGUACAAUUCCCCAUAAUUGUUCCGAAAAAAGGUGUCGGAAACGAACUGUUUGGACAAAGCGGUCAGGACAUCCAACAUCGAAGAGCAGCCAGGAAGGGCUGCUCAGACCCAACACCAGCGAUACGACUCUCACUAGGUUUUAUUGCGUGCAUCCCAUUACAAUGCAGAGGGUUGCUACGUGAUCAGCCUGGUGCUUCUCAUCCAUCUAUCUUCUGGAUUUUCAUAAAUUCAAGUCUCGGACCUUUUCGAAGGGAGUGGCGUUAUUUUGUGGACUCCCGGUCGACCGUUCUACGUACAAAUUUACUUAUCUGCUGUGUCGUGGUUCGCAACCACGUACUACCUCAGAAUAUGACAAGCCUGGAGGAUUUUACCAAACAAGUGAAUGAGUUACCAAACUGGGGAAAAGCCGCAUUGGCAGGAGGACUGGCUAUUAUUCUCUAUAUUCCCUAUAAAUGGCUUACAUCGGCUCCACGUAAGAGUCCUAUAAAAGAGGAUUGGAAGAGUGGUGUUGUCUAUCUUUAUCAGUUCCCACGAACGAGAAUCCUACCGAGCCCCUCAGCUCCUUGUCUCAAAGUCGAAACGUGGCUUCGUAUGGCCGAAAUACAGUACGAGAAUAUUCCAUGCUUGCUGUCCCCGAGGUCAAAAGAAGGCACACUGCCGUUUGUCGAAUUUGAAGGAGUCGAAUAUCCGGACUCAUCCUUUAUAAUUCGUGACCUCACACGACUUCUCGGUGUUAAACUCGAGGAUCACCUGAAUGAUGAGCAGAGAGCGUUAUCGCGUGCAUUCGAAGAAAUGGCGCACAACUCUUUGCUGGCCUCGCAUAAAUUAUUCAGGCUUGAAAAUGUGUCACAAUUCGCAGAACUUCUUCCGCCGGAAUUCUUCGGAUUCUUCCAUCCUAUUCUCGUUGCUCUAUUCAAAAGGAAAUACAUCAGCUCUACAGCAUCAAUGCUAACCUGGUCAGGAAUUGGAAAGCAUAGUCGCGAGGAGCAGAUCAACAUUGGAAGCGACGACAUUCGAGCGAUAAGCAAGUAUCUCGGCACUAAACACUAUUUCACCGGGUUCAAACCCACUCGGAUCGAUGCCACGUUAUUUGCUGUUCUCGCACAAAUAGUAUACGCUCCAUAUGAAAAUGAACAUUUGGACGUCAUCAAGAACGAAUGUCCCAAUAUUAUGGAAUAUGUGGAACGUAUUAAGAAUAGGUAUUGGCCCGACUGGGGAGAGGCAACGACCAAGUACUCGAUGGAUAGCAAUUGGAAGAAACGACCGAAGGGCUACACUUCCUUGACAAACUCAAACGACACACUGCCGAGAAAGAAGCCAUCUGAAUAG